GGACUUAGCACACAUUGACGGUCCUUCCAAGGUUGCCAUGAGCAUGGCCACCACGAGGCCGAAAACACUUCACAGACAGUGAAUCAGACUCUACGUCACUUCGACCUCAUACCGUUCACACAUACCGUGAAUACGCCAAACCCCGGAACCACCCUUCUCAAACGGCUAGACUUCGAAUACCGCUCAAAUGUGCGGGGCACGCCUCCUCCCGAAACUUUUCGCGUACAAUCUGCGCUGACCCCUCCACCAUGCCCACGGAUCGAGAAAUCCAAGACUACACCCUGCGUCUCACCGGUCUCGUUCCCUCCGACCUCCCCCCCACCGACCGCGCAUGCCCAAUCUGCUUCGAGCCUUACGCCCAGCAGCUCAUCUACAGUCCUCUUCAUGGUCUGCUCUGGACCUCCACUUUCGAAGGUGCGACGACUACGGCCAAUCUAGGCGGCGCCGGCGAAUAUCCCGUCUCGGUGCGGAGUAAGCAUCCCAGAAGUAGAUGCAGGCACGUCUUUGGCAGCCGCUGCAUCGAAAUGCAUUUCCGCAGCGGAGGACCGUGCUGCACAAAGUGCCCUACCUGUAGAGAGGAGUGGUUCGACCAUGAAGAAGCGGUUCUGGAUGAGGAAAUCGGGGCCGGUGUAGAGUUGGUCACUACAGACGCUGGGGACUUAAUGGCCGAUACUAGAUCCGCAGAAGGAGUGGACUUUGUGAGAAUAGAGGUUCCUCAGGCGGUAAGGUUAACGGCGAGGAAUAGGGAGGUGGCGAACCUGCCCGGGAGAGGUCCUGAGCAACGGGAGGUCUUCAACUACUUUCCAGAACCUCCGCAGACAUACGUCUACUCUGUUCACGAGAUGGCUCCGACGGGGAUUGCCGUGCAGCCCAGGACGGACUUUUUGCGGUUGACUGGCUCACAAGCAACACCUCGUGCCGCACAGCAGGAGCUGCCGGAAGAGAGGGAAGAACUCCCAGAUGUGCAGCGGCAGGAUCGACUUGACAAUAGAGGAAAGCUCAACAGGGCGAUUGCUUUCCUGGAGCGGAUGCUCUUAACUCUUGACAUUGAUGAAGCGAGGGAUGGGCUCACCUUACGGGUACAGGAAGUUGAGAAUGCUGUUGAGAAUCUAUGGAAUCAACUAGGGAGUGGAGGAGAUGAUGCAGACCUGCGAGCAGCACUCAUGCAACCAUUUCGGGUAGUUCCCUCACGGGCGCGCGUUCCCUCAAGUGCUACGCAUGACGGGUUGAGCAGAUCAUGAGGCGGCCAGAGACGUCCCAACCAGGCAGCAAGUCUUAGGCUUUCCAAACCUCUCAAGCACACUCAGGAGUCAUAUACAUGUCUCUGUUUCGAUGCAUGCUCUCCACAAUUACUUCCAUAUCAGCAUCUAAUGAAUAUCAC